ACCACGUGAAGGAAUCUAAUGAGUAGACUAUGGCCCCUGUCCCGUACCGUAGCCUUAGAGAAACUGUUUUGAGUCAAAAGCGAGCAACGGCGCUUAAAAGGAUUUGACCGCCGUCACGGUGGUGUGAACAAAAGAUUGAGCCAUGGCAGUCUCCGUAAUUAAAACGACUAAACCGAGGGUAAAAUAGGAAAAUCAAAGACUAUUACGUCACGUGCGAGCCGGAACAUGGCACAAUUGGCAGACUACAGCAACCAAGUGGUCAGCUUCAGGUUUUUAUGUACCAAACAAACAAACAAAUAUAGCUUUCACCGAAAAACUCACCGGAAAAACAAAAAAAAACUCAGGAUGACGACGACGGAGGCGCAAGCGACGUUGUCGAUGGAGUCGUUACCUCUAGGUUUCAGAUUUAGACCGACGGAUGAAGAACUCAUCAAUCACUAUCUGAGGUUGAAAAUCAACGGCCGUGAUUUAGAGGUCAGAGUCAUCCCGGAGAUCGAUGUAUGCAAGUGGGAGCCAUGGGACUUACCUGGGCUUUCGGUGAUUAAGGCGGAUGAUCAAGAGUGGUUCUUCUUCUGUCCUCGUGAUCGGAAGUAUCCGAGUGGCCACCGCUCAAAUAGAGCCACUGACAUUGGAUACUGGAAAGCUACUGGGAAAGAUCGAACUAUCAAGUCGAAGAAGAUGAUUAUUGGUAUGAAGAAGACUCUCGUCUUCUAUCGUGGUCGAGCUCCUAGAGGAGAGCGUACUAGCUGGAUUAUGCACGAGUAUCGUGCCACUGACAAGGACCUCGACGGCACUGGACCUGGCCAGAACCCGUAUGUGUUGUGUCGCUUGUUUCACAAGCCUAGUGACAGCUGUGAUGUUGCAAACUGUGACGAGAUAGAGAAUGUGAACUCCACUCCCACCACUACUAGAUUCUCUCCUGAUGAGAAUUCUUCUGAGAUGGUUCAAGAAACAGCCACGUCUCGUGUAUAUGCUCAAAAUAGACCAGAUGACGCUGAGAGGUGUCCAAGCGACAAAGGUAGUGAUGUUAGACCUGAGGAUCCAGUGGUUAAAACAGAGAAAUCUGCCAAUCACGCUGAAACUUCUCGCGACAGAGACCGUGUUUCAGGCAGAAGCCUAGUAGAGGAAAAUGCAAAUGCAAGGGACUUGGCACCUAUUUGUGGACCGAGCUUUACUCAAAUCAGCGACCAAACGUAUUAUCCAGCACAAGCAAGCAUCGGUUUUCCUGCAACAAACAUGGAUUCGAUGUAUUCUAGCGAUUUCGGAAACUGUGAUUACGGUCUACAUUUUCAGGAUGGUGCCGCAAUACAAGAUGAGUCCUUGACAGAUGUCCUUGAUGAGGUGUUCCAUAGCCAUAAUCAAUUCUCUAGUGAAGAAGGGAAAGACUUUGCGCUUCCGAAUAUGAUACAUUGGCCUGGAAACACAAGACUACUCACUACCGAUCAUCCGUUUCCUAGAGACGCCGAUGGUUUUGGUAGUAAUGGAGCUGCUGAAGUUUCUGGCCCACAGCACUUUGUUCCUGACAUUGUAGCUUCAAGAUGGAUGAGUGAUCACCAAGUUGAUAGCAAGGAGGUAGUAGACAUGCAAUCUUCAUCGGGAUCUUCUCGAACCUUGACGCCACUUCACAGCAACGUUUUAGGGCAGUAUGGUUCAGCGUCUUACGCAGCUAUAGAUCCGUUUAACUUUAAUGUCAAUCAGCAAAGCCCUGUUGACCGCAACAUGAGCCCCAGUGACGUUUCCGGGUUCAAGGAUAGGCCUAGGGAGAAUCAGACGGAUCUUGACUUUGUUGUGAACCAAGGAACUGCUCCUAGAAGAAUCCGGCUACAAAUCGAGCAGUCGUUUAACAAUGAGAAAGAGAGAGAUGCAGAUAACUAUGAAGAAGAUGAAGUACAAUCUGCCAUUUCCAAGGUCGUAGAGGAGAACGAUGCAAGUUUUCUUGACAGAGAUAAGACAAGAGCACAGGGACAUGAAAGCUUGUCGGAAUCAGCUAAUUUAAGGACUCAGGGAACAGCUCAUAGGAGAAUCCGCCUGCAGACGAGACUUCGGAAGCUUCCUGUAACCCCAAGAGACCCAAACUGCAGUAAAGAAGAAGCAAGCCAUAGCAAGGAAAAGGAAGAUGUACCAUCGUCAUCGUCAUCAUCAUCAUGGCAGAAACAGAAGAAGCUAAUGAGGAGCUUAGUGCAGUAUAGUAGUAUGGUGAUAGUAGUGGCGGUGAUAGUUGUUUUAGUAGGAAUAUGGAAAGAGUCGAGAGAUGCCAAAUGUAGCUUCUUGUUUCAUCAAUUGGAUUCCUUUAAAGGCAUGUUUAGCUCUUGAUAUAUAGAUUUAUUCUCCAUGUUUUUUUUUGUUUGUAUAAUUAAUCAUGUUUUAGUCUGUUUUUUUGUAUGUUCUUUUUCUUUUCUGUGUAGUGUUUGAGUGAUAAAGUCCAAAUUCUCUAGAAUCAUUAACAAGUAGUUCUCUUUUUUCCAUUUUCGCAGUUCAAACUAUUUUUAAUUGUG